AUGUUUAUUUUCAUCAUUGUCGAACUGCCACAAGGAUUGCUAGCCGUUGUGUCCACCGUAACCGAAUUGCAACUCAUAGUAACACUAGGAGACUUCACCGAGAUGAUCACCCUUCUGACGUCUUGCAUAAUCUUUGCCUUAUUUUGCAUGAUGAACGGAAAAAUUCGCUCAGCCUUCAAAGAAGCACCCUGUUUCCGAUGGUUAGAACGAUGGACAAGACAUGCGAUUGAAAGCAGGAUUGGCCGAUCGGUUGCUCGUGACAAGCUGCUCGACUACUCCAUUACUACCAAGAAAUCCGUUGACACGUCAAAUAACUAUGCAGUUUUAUGA